AAUCCUGACGACAUCGAGGUGAAACUAGGUCAAUAUCUUUCAAUUUUCAAGAGCUAUAUGCCAGGUUUGGCCUGAAAACUAAUCCAUAUCGGUGCUCUGAAGAUUCUUAUUCUUUGGAACCCAGGUUUAGCUAUCGUUCCAUAGUCCUGCGCAAGCACCAACCGAUAUCCUAUCUUGGGUAGACAUUCAGCAUUCACACAGCGCACUUGUAACUCCUGACGUUGCGACUCACAAAGGGGCUCAUAUACCAGCGGCCUACUUUCAAUCAUACGACAUCUAUCGUUUCCUUGCACCUGAUCGACACAUAUCUCAACACGAUGUCACCGGCACGACGAACAAAGUCUUCUCGACAGAGUGCAGGCGGACCAUCACAAGCAACGUUAAACUUUGGCAGCUCCCACUCUCGCGUCACCAAGCCCACUGUUGCAAGGACCGGAAAGGAAGCUCUUAAAGAAAAAGACGUAACUACGAAAAAAGACCCUGCGCUUGUUCUGCAGGGUGUCAACGACGACAAUGAUGUCCAAGCCAUUGCUUCGCCGGACCUAGCAGAACCAACGACUGCUGAAGUUGCAAUCAUUGACCAAACCGAGGCUGAAGUGGCCAAGCCCAAGACCAAAGAGGAGCAGGCAGCGGAAAAGGUUUCGGAUGCGCAGCUCAAGCGGUACUGGAAGGCGAGAGAGGAUGAAAGAAAGGCUCCACGAGUACACCAAGAAGGCCUCUCCAUGAACGAGAAAAUACUGCGACAUUUUGAUCUGUCUUCACAAUACGGGCCCUGUAUUGGCAUCGCUCGCAUGAAGCGCUGGCACCGCGCCCAAAACCUGAAUAUGAAUCCUCCCGUCGAAGUCCUCGCGGUACUCCUCCGCGAACAACGCAAAGAUAACAUGAGAGCCGAGCGCGCACAUGUCGAUGAAUUAAUGUCUUCGCGAUUCGUCAUUGACUAGACCGACUGUUCUUUUUAUUCCAUUUCUCUCACUUGUAAUCUCUAGUUGCUUGUUCCUUUUACCCCUUCACCUCCUUUCUUUUUCCUUUUCUUUUUUGACCCUCCUACCUAGCUUUGGAAAACCUCCUUCCAAGUCUUUUGGGUUACUAUCAUGGCUGCCUGCUUUUCUCUCCGACCGUCUUCCCCGUUCUUCUGUCCGCUCUUCCUGUCCGCCAUUCUCCCUUUGCUCCCCUGCUCUUCUUCUACAGCCCUUGCUCUUUUCCAUCCACAAGCACCGACGCUCUCAUCCUAGCUCGCAUGCUCAAAUACUCAUCAGGACAUUAAACCUGCGCCCUAUUUCACUUUUUUCUCAGCCACCUGUAUGCUCAUCAUUAUUGCUUCAGUACCCUCCAGUAUUCUUGCUUACGGGCGUUUAUUCCCCAUUCCCUUUUCUUUUCUUUUCUUUUCCUUUUAACUCAUCCUCCAA